AUGAAUCAAAAUAUGGCAUUUCAAUCUGGACGAUCCAGUUUUCUUUCAACACUUCCACUUUUUCGUAAAUCAAGUGAAUCUGAAAAAGAUGAAACUCGUCGUUUAAAAUUCUAUCAAUUGUAUCGAUUUGCUGAUAUAUGGGAUAUUUUCUUAAUGAUUAUUGGUACAAUAGCUGCAAUAAUUGCUGGAAGUCUCUAUUCAGUGAUGUUAAUUCUUUAUCGAAGAGCAAUGACUGAACUUGUUAAUUUAGGAAAAUUAAAAGCAAAUAUUACUACGAAUAGUACGACGACUACGAAUCUUAGUGAAUGUUUCAUUGUACCGAACAAUAGCACUACAUUUGAUUCAUCUGAAAAUGAUAUAAAUGAUGUUGUGAAUUAUUAUGUUCUUGUUGGUUUUCUUAGCGUUUUUUUCUAUUGGUUGGCUUGGAUAUGUUGGAUUCUUUCGAGUGAAAGACAAGUUCGACGCAUGCGUUAUGCACUUUUUCGAAAUAUCUUAAGACAAGAAAUUGGUUGGUUUGAUGUACAUAAUACGGGUGAAUUAAGUAAUCAUCUUAUUCGAGAUCUUGAUACAAUCAAGGAUGGAAUGAAUGAUAAAAUGGCUGAUUUUAUUGCUCUUCUAUCACGUGUGAUAGCCUCGAUAAUCUAUGGUCUUUUAAUUGGAUGGAAAUUAACUCUUGUAUUUUUAUCAGUAACUCCAUUAGUAGUUCUUUCUUUCAAUUUUACAGUAGUAGUUAUAAUAAAAUAUACAAAGAAAGAAAUUGAAGCUUUUGUAUCAGCAUCAUCAAUUGCUCAAGAAGUAUUACAAAGUAUUCGAACAGUGACAGCAUUUCAUGGACAAAAAAAAGAAGAAGAAAGGUUUUCUGAAAAUUUAAUUUUAGCAAAACAAAUUGGGAUUAAAAAAGGAUUAUAUAUGGGAUUAUCUCAAUGUUUAUAUCAAAUUUUUCUCUUUUUCGCAUUUGGAAUUACGUUUUGGUAUGGUCCAGAACUUGUUCGAACAGAUUGUACACAUUAUUCAGCUGGAACAGUCUUAGCAGUUUUUAUAGGUUGUAUGGUAGCAACAUUUAGUCUAUCACAAUUUGUUCCUAAUUUUCAAAGUUUUGCUGAAGCUUUUGCUAGCGGAAGUUAUGUAUUCAAUAUUAUUGAUCGACAAACAGCGAUUGAUGUAACAAGUAAUGAAGGAGAUACACCACAAAAAUGUAUUGGUAAUAUUGUAUUCGAUAAUGUUAUGUUCAGUUAUCCUGCAAGACCAGAAGCACUAAUACUUAAUAGAUUAUCAUUAAACAUUCCGUCGGGUAAGACAAUUGCUAUAGUUGGAGAGUCUGGAAAUGGCAAAAGUACAAUAAUUCAAAGAUUCUAUGAUCCAGACGAAGGUCAAAUUUUUCUUGAUGGAAAAGAUGUAAAAACAUUAAAUGUUGCAUGGCUUCGUUCACAUAUUGGAAUUGUUAGUCAAGAACCUGUUCUUUUCAAUAUAUCAAUUGAAGAUAAUAUUCUAUUUGGAAAACCAAAUGCAACUGAUGAUGAAAUUGAAGCUGCUGCUAAAAUGGCUAAUGCACAUGAUUUUAUUAUGGAACUACCAGAGAAAUAUAAAACAUUAGCAGGUGAUAAAUUAAGUGGUGGUCAAAAACAACGUGUGGCAAUUGCUCGAGCAUUAAUAUCAGAUCCAAAAAUUCUUCUUUUAGAUGAAGCAACAAGUGCACUUGAUAAUACAAGCGAAAGAAUUGUACAAGAUGCUUUAGAUAAAGCUAAAAUGGGUAGAACAACAAUUGUUAUUGCUCAUCGUUUAAGUACAAUUCAAAAUGCUGAUUUAAUUCUUGUAUUAGAACAUGGACAAAUGGUUGAAUAUGGUAUUCAUAAUGAAUUAAUGGAACAGAAAGGUUUUUAUUAUGAAUUAGUUACUACUCGAAGUAAAAAAGAAGAAGAAGAACAAGUUCAUAUGCAUAUUCACGAAGAAGAAGAAGAUGAGGAUGAAAUUGAAAAAUCAGUAUCUCAUACAUUACCCAAACAAAUAAGUUUAUCGAGUGAUGUUACCGAUGAAAAUAUGAAUAAUAAUGAUGAUAUAAAAUUGAAUGAUUCAUUAGAAAAACCAAAGAAAUCUUUUAAUACUCCACUUAUAUUUCAAGUUUUUAAACUUAAUCUUCCAGAAUGGUAUUGGAUUCUUUUGGGUACAAUUUCUUCUAUAAUUUUUGGUGCUACUCCACCACUUGUUGCACUUAUUUUUUCUGAGGUCUAUAGUUUAUUUGCUGAACCAGAUGUUGAAAAACAAAAACAUUUAACAAUUAUAUAUGCAGCAAGUAUUUUUGCUAUUGGUAUUGUUGGAGGUGUCGCUCAAUGUCUUAGUACAGCUGCAUUUGCAAAAUCAGGAGAAGAAUUUACUAUGCGUAUGCGAAAAAAAACAUUUUCAGCAAUACUGCAACAAGACAUGGAAUAUUUUGAUCAAGAAUCAAAUUCAGUUGGAGCUCUUGUUACACGUUUAGCAACGGAUGCAUCUGCUCUCAAAGUAAGAAAUACAAUUUGA